ACAGAGAGGGGGAAUAUCCAGGAAAAAUGGUUGUAUGUUGUAUAGUUGGUUCAUUUGCUUUGUCGCAAUAGUUAGCAGUUAAUGGUCUCAGUUGGUAAAUAGUUCUUGUUCUAAGUGUUUAAUUUAAUUCAGUUAUAUUUCUAUUUUAGUUCUACGAAAGUGAUUUCUUUUUUAAAAUUUUAUGCGUUGAUACGACAAAGAUACUAUUUUAAUCUUUUAUUACAUUGAUUAGAGAAAUCUUAUACCAUGCAGAGUAAUUAUCCUACCGAGUCUCACAAUGAUCCAAUAGUCGCAACAGUGUCUCAUUUGCGUAAGCAGGAAAUGCAGAAUAAUGAAAAAGCAACUGAAAACACUUGUUUGACAUCUAAUAAUAGUCAAACAUAUUUUGCUGAUGAAAGAGUUCACAUACCAGAAGUAGAAAAUGGUUUCUUUAGUUUUAAAAAAUUAUGGGCCUUCACAGGUCCUGGUUUUUUAAUGUCUAUAGCUUAUUUAGAUCCUGGAAAUAUAGAAUCUGAUUUGCAAUCUGGCGUAGCUGCUAACUAUAAGUUAUUAUGGGUAUUAUUAAGUGCAACUAUUCUUGGCCUUGUUAUGCAAAGGUUAAGUGCAAGACUUGGUGUGGUAACAGGUUUGCAUUUGGCAGAAAUAUGUUACAGACAAUAUAAAACGAUACCCAGAAUAAUUUUAUGGAUAAUGAUAGAAAUAGCUAUAAUUGGUAGUGAUAUGCAAGAAGUAAUAGGAACAGCUAUUGCUUUAUCUUUGUUAACAAAUAAAGCGAUUCCUAUUUGGGGUGGUGUACUUAUUACAGUAAUUGACACCUUUACAUUUUUAUUAUUGGACAAAUAUGGUUUAAGGAAAUUAGAACUCUUUUUUGGAUUCCUCAUUGCAGUAAUGGCUGUUACAUUUGGGUAUGAGUAUGUUGUUUCUGCUCCACCUCAAGAUCAAGUGAUAAGUGGAAUGUUUAUACCUUGGUAUAAGGAUUAUGACAGAAAUAUGUUAAUAAAAGCUGUAGGAAUUGUUGGUGCAGUCAUAAUGCCACAUAAUUUAUAUCUUCACAGUGCUCUUGUUAAAUCAAGAGACAUCGAUCGUAGAGAAUCUAAAAAAGUAAAAGAGGCAAAUAUGUAUUACUUCAUUGAGGCAUGUAUUGCACUUCUGGUAUCUUUUAUAAUUAAUGUAUUUGUCGUCGCGGUGUUUGCACAUGGUCUUUUUAAAAAAACUAAUUUAGAAGUUUACAACCUAUGUAAGGAUAACAAUUAUACAAUAGGAAUGCAAACAUUUGAACAAAACAAUACAGCUAUUUCAGCAGAUCUCAACAAAGGUGGAAUAUUUUUGGGUUGCGCUUUUGGUGCGGCAGCAAUGUACAUUUGGGCAGUUGGUAUUUUUGCUGCUGGCCAAUCUUCCACAAUGACAGGAACGUAUGCCGGUCAGUUUGCAAUGGAAGGAUUUUUAAAUCUGCAGUGGGCUCGUUGGAAACGAGUACUGUUUACGCGAAUGAUCGCUAUUGUUCCAACUUUCCUCGUAGCAUUUUUCAGUGACAUAGAUAAUUUAACUGGCAUGAACGAUAUUUUAAAUGCUAUUAUGACUCUUCAAUUACCUUUUGCAACCUUACCAACAAUAGCAUUUACUAGUAGCGUUCAAAUUAUGGGUGAAUUCCGAAACGGAUUAGCUAAUAAAAUUAUUGCGACAGCACUAUCUGUUGUUGUAAUAAUUAUAAAUAUAUAUUUUGUAGUAAAUACUGUCCAAGAGGACUUGCCACAUCACUGGCUGAUAAUAUGUGGUAUUGUUAUAUAUUCUAUUUCAUAUCUUUUAUUUUGUUUUUAUUUGACGAUCCAUAUGGCUGUGAGUAUGGGUGCAACUUCUCUUGGUGACCAUUGGUUUGUAAGAAAAUACAUUGGGACUCCCGUAAAUACAACACUUGGAUUAUCAAAUCCUGCACUAUAUGCAAGGUCUAAUCCUGCAUUUAAUAUCCAAGAAAAUUGGUCUGGAAAUUUUACAUCAAUAUCAGAAUAUUGAUUGAAAUCUGAUACAAGUAAAACAUAGAACAUUCAAUACUCAUGAUUUGCACUCUCUUGCAUUUUAAGGUUUGCAUUGUAUAAAAUUAAAAAUUAUAAAUUCCUAUAAUUCAAAUUGUUUUCUAAAAGAGUUUUAACGAUAACGUAACGAUGUUAUUAAUGGCAAAAUGAUCGUGUGCGUAUGUGUAUAUACAAUUUUAUUAAACAUAAUAUAUUAAAAUUUUAAAUACAAUAUAAAAGUAAAAUAGAUUUGUGUAAAAUAAAGUAAAAAUGAAAAAAACUUAUAUGAAUUAUACUUGAAAUGUAAGAAUUGUGAUUCAAAAAGAACUAUGAUUAAAAUUUGUAAAUAUAUAAAAUGUAAUUAAUAUAAAAUAUAUAAAAUAUAUAAUGCUAUUCAUAUAACAUGUUUAUGUUUGUACUAAUAAUUAUAGAGCGAAUAUUUUCUUUUCACUUAAGAAUAUAACGGUAUAUGUUCAAUACGUACUAACAUUAAGAAUCAGUUGAUUAAUCUUGAGGAUGCACGUACUUUGUAUAAGAUAGCUUUAUGUUUUUUGUUACAACAUAUAAAUAAAAUUAUUAUUUUAAAGGAAAA